AUGUGGCCGAAUUAUCUUAAUAAUCCUAGCACUGGAAAUCAUAGAAGCCACUCUCUGUCCUUACUUCAUCAAGCGGAUGAAUUUGUGGAGAUCGAUCUAGUUGAUUCGACUGCCACGGGAUCUAGAAAGCCAGGACGCACUGAAUCUAUAUGGUCGGCCUGGUACAAGAGAGGCCAAUCACUCGGGGCUCUCAUAAGCCCAACGAGGCAAAAUGAUACAUCCGAUACGUUGAAUCUGAAUUUGGAUAGUGAUACUGACUACUCCAGAAGCCCUUACUUCAUUCCAUCGAAGGUUGAGAGUGUGAGCCCAAUGGAAGAAACAAGGAGCAAAAAAGAGUCCCUCAAUGAUCCAAGCAAGUCCAAACUGUCAUCACUCAUAUGGGCCCAUUCAGGGGGUUACCAGAUUAACUGGUCGCCCUCGAUCACACCGCCUGUUCCAGCUGUUUUCCCACAAACUAGCAAAUUGCAAACAGACGAAAGCUCAGCUAGUGGCUCUUGCUUUACACCCAAUGAUACCGCUCUGCCCGGGUUGGAAACGCCAUGGCACAUCAAUGGUUCAUCAACCAGCUAUGGAAAAGUAAUGGUCCCACCAAAGGUUCAUCUCAGAGAGCACGCUACUUCAGUCGGAGAUGACGAGAAUAAGACAAGUAGGGUUAUCGAUGGACAGCUUGCCACCAGUUAUCUUAAGCAUUUGUUUCUCGAGAAGAAGCUACUCCAAGACAAAAAGCAUAGACCAUUUGUUGACAAAGCUAACGGAGGCUUCCCACUUUCAAUGUUGAUCGAGUUGCCUACAUUGAGAUCACUUUUUAAAGAGAACACCGAAGCUCUUGAAGCCUUUAUCGGCACCUUUUGUCACGAGUUCUUGGAAGUUGUCUAUGAAGAGCAGUCGUGCGUCAGACUGAAAGACUGGCCGGAUUGGGUGAUGGAGAUAAAUUGA